GCGCCAAUAGUGUGAAGUCUCUGAUAAACAAACUCAAGAAUCUAAAGGGAAGAACAUCUUGAAAUAAUAGUUUUUAGUGCAUAAUAUUCAUUGUUAAGCACUAAAUCUAAGUGAUCAUUAAUAAGUGCAAAUACCAAAGAGGAAAUUAAAAAUACAAUAGCAAAAUGGGUAGUACGGAUAAAGCUGUAAUUACAGGUUUCAUAUGCAGACUUUGCAGUAAAAUGAACCGUUUCGUGAUCCACAUUUACGGUGAAGAGGGUGAAAGAAUGAAACUUGCGGAAAAAAUCAAUGCUUAUCUUCCAAUUACGGUAAAUAUGAAUGAUCCGCUACCCAAAACUGCAUGUCUACAUUGUAUUGAACGAUUGGAAGCACAUCACGAACUAAUGGAACAGUUCAUGUUUGCUAGGCGGAGGUUACCUACUGAAAAUAAAACCUCAGCAGUGGCAUCUUCUUCCACAGCAACUAUUGACGCUGCACCAACGUCUAGCCCUCCUCCAUGUUGACAUGUACAAUCAUGAUAAUCCCUUUUUUUUUUUU